ACAGUUUUACAGAAAUCACACUAUAAUGAAAAUCUACCAUUUCUCUGAAUAAUUAUUGCGGUGAAUUCUCUAGGAAUCAUCGCAAUUCGAGAAGAAGCAGAGAGAACCGUAUGGAUGCUGAAGGAAAUCACACGGGCCAUUUCAAGCUAUGGAGCGAAUUGGAAUUGCGGGAGUUCCCGGAAAAGUUCGUAAUCAGACCGCGGGAAUCUCCGGAUCUAGGCUUUUCCGUCAGCCGCUCCGAUGGUUCGAUCGAGAAGCUACACGGGGAGACGAGUACUGGAGAGCCUUCAAAGAUUUCUACAAUAUACGGGGUUGUUGGAACAAUUAGGCUGCUAGCAGGUAUUUCCUGGAUCUCGAUCAUCUUUUUAAAUUAAUUUCAAGAGGAUCUGUAGCUGAAUUUGCAUAUGAAGAAUGCGUUAAAUGGUUGAUCUUAGUUCUUUUUCAUAUUAUGUGGCUAUCGGAAGAGCCAAUGGGGGGUGCCUUUUCUGUAGCAAGUUGACUCGUGUAAAGUCAGGGGAGAUCAUGCAGGAACAGUGUUCUUUUUCUAAUAAUUGUUUACUUAGAUGUUUGUUUACAUAUAUCUCAUUCUUGGUGCAGGAGCACAUAUAUUAGUUAUAACUUCUCACAGAGAAGUGGGAACUUAUCUUGGUUUUCCUGUUUUUCGGGUGACAUCCAUGAAGUUCCUGUCUUGCAAUGUGGCGUCCAAGUAUCUAACCAGUGAAGAAAAAAAAGAUGAAGCAUACUUCACAAAUCUGUUGAAAGUAGUGGAAUCAACACCAGGGCUAUAUUUUUCUUAUGAAACAGAUGUAACACUGAACUUGCAGAGAAGAUACAAAUUGGCUAAAGGUUGGACGAGAAAACCAGUAUGGAAACAGGCCGAUCCAAGGUUUGUUUGGAACUGGAAUCUGCUGGAGGAGCUAAUUGAGAAUAAGCUUGACGGAUUUAUCAUUCCUCUAAUGCAAGGAAAUAUCCUUAAUGCACCUGUCUAGCUUCCUGACCUAAGCAUCUGCUGAUAUCGAGAGGAUCGGGCAUAGAUCUCUUGAUCAUUAUCAGCCAAAUUUCACUUUCUGUUGCAUGUUGGUUCCUUAACAAAGACCUAAGCUUUCAGGGUGCACAAUUGAAGUUCAGAGGUUCAUCAGCUAUAGUAUCAUUGAUAUCAAGAAGGUGUACCCGACGUUUAGGAACCAGAAUGUGGAGAAGAGGAGCUAACCUAGAGGGUGACACGGCUAAUUUUAUUGAAACUGAGCAGUUUCUGGAUUUUGAGAGUUUGAGGUCUUCCUUUUUACAGGUCCGGGGCUCAAUCCCCCUCUUGUGGGAGCAAAUUGUUGACCUGAGCUAUAAACCGCAUCUUAAUAUUAUUCCUCAUGAAGAAACAGUAUUCCCCCUAAACCAUUGCUCCUUACUUCUUUCUAGUUCAAUAGCCACUAGCAAAUAUGU